GCUACGCGAUACGGCCGGCUUAAACACCACCACCUAUAGAACCUCGAGUUUGAACCUGCCCCAUAUCGCCAAUAAGGAACGCUUCAUAGUUGGUUUUGGUCGUGGUAGUCAAACAAACGACUUGAACAAGAACGAUCCUUGCCUCUGCAUCUCCUCCACGACAGACGAACAGACGUCGGCGAUUCGCUCAACCGAAGCAACACACAUUUUCCACGAACGACAAGGCAACCGGCCUCGUAGACGAUCCGAACUCACCCACGAUCCAACGACCCGCCGUAACACCUCUCACGACACACCAACAGAGGCGAGCCAGGAGGGUAUCUCCAGACCCAUUGUCAAUAUGUCAAGCCCACGCCGCAGGAUCGAGACGGACGUGAUGAAUAGGUUGAUGAGCGACUACGAAGUGACCCUGGUCAACGACAACAGUGAGUGUGUUUUGUUCCGACGCAAAGCCAAGCUGACCCGUCUCAGUGUCCGAGUUUUACGUCCGCUUCUCUGGCCCAACCGACAGUCAGUCUUACCGAUCCAGCAUCUCCCAGUCGACAUGCUGACGUCUGCAGCACCUUUUGAGGGCGGUCUUUGGAAGAUCCACGUUGAAUUGCCCGACAACUAUCCCUACAAGUCACCUAGUAUCGGCUUCGUGAACCGCAUAUUCCACCCCAACAUUGACGAGCUAUCUGGCUCGGUAUGUCUCGAUGUCAUCAACCAAACUUGGUCGCCCAUGUUCGAUAUGAUCAACAUCUUCGAAGUGUUCCUGCCACAACUGCUCCGCUAUCCUAACCCAGCCGAUCCGUUAAAUGGUGAAGCUGCUGCCCUGCUCCUCAGGGAGCCGAAAAACUACGAAGCCAAAGUCAAAGAAUACGUGAAGAGAUACGCAAAUCAAGAAGCAGUGGACGACGCCGGCCGCGAGUCGGAGGACGAUGACGCACUGUCCUCGGUGGCAAGCUUCGACGACGACGACGACGAGCCCGCUGGCCAAAUGGACGACGUAUGA